AUGACUUACGGAUUUCUAGCUCUUUUCGCAGUUUUGAGCAUUGCUAGCGCUGGUGUUAUUCCAGUGCAGGAGCUGCAUACAUCAUACCACGAGCCGGCUCACAUUGCUUAUCACCAACCCCAACCAACAUUAGUAAAAACCAUCGCGCAACCAACGCUGGUGAAGACAAUUGCUCAGCCAACUCUAGUAAAGCAGGUCGAAUAUCACGAUGAUCACAACGUGCAGUACGAUUUUUCCUAUGGUGUUCACGAUGAACAUACCGGAGACAUCAAGGAGCAGCAUGAAUCGCGCAAAGGCGACCAAGUGCACGGCCAGUACAGUCUGAUCGAUUCCGAUGGCCAUAAGCGAACUGUUGAGUACACCGCCGAUGACCACAAUGGUUUCAACGCCGUUGUUCACCGCGAGCCAUCCGGAAUCCAGAUCCCGCAACCGGUACAAAAGGUAGCAAUUGCUCAGCCGGUUACCAAAGUAAUUGCUACCCAACCGGCGUACGUCGCUUCAGCUGGCCACUACCAUGCUGCUGCUCCAGCUACUUUCGUUGCUGUGUCUGCCCUGUUGGCUGUAGCCAGCGCUGGUUUACUGCCAGCCCAACAAAUUCCAUACCAUGCCGCAUCACCGAUCUACCACCAGCAACCGUUGGUGAAAGCUGUUGCCCAGCCUACCUAUGUUAAGACUAUUGCCCAGCCAGCUUAUGUUCAGCCAACAUACGUCAAAACCAUCGCCCAGCCAACCUAUGUCAAACAGGUGGAAGAGUACGCCCCGGCUAACUACGAAUUCUCCUACUCCGUUCACGAUGCUCACACCGGUGACAUCAAGAGCCAACACGAAACCCGCCAUGGAGAUCAAGUUCAAGGCCAGUACAGCCUCCUGGAUGCCGAUGGCCACCAGCGUAUCGUCGACUAUACCGCCGAUGAGCACAAUGGAUUCAAUGCCGUCGUCCGCCGGGAACCUGCUGCCGUUAAGAUUGCCCAACCAGUCACCAAAGUGAUUGCCCAACCGGUAGCUAAGGUUAUUGCUCAACCAGCCUACUACCAACAUCAUUACUAG